UGCCAGCCCGCCGUCGGCUGCCCUUCGCUUCGGAGGGGUUAACCUCCGCCGGCAGGGACGGGCUGGGGACACUUGAUCCCCGUCCCAGCGUCCACACUCACGGACUGAAGCGCGUCCCCGCUAAACCCGUGAGGUGGAGGGCCGUCCUCAGCUCCAGCAGGGCGCCCGCAGACGGUCUGAGUCCGCCUUGCCGCCGCGGCCUUGCCUGGGGGGCGGCCCUGCCUGGCGGGUGGCCUUGCCUGGGGGCAGCCCGGCGCUCGUAGCGUUGUGGCGCUAAACACGGGGUUACCAGGGGAACCCGGAAGCGUUCAGAAAAAAGACAACUUCUGAAUUAGUUCAUUAAAUGAAAGAGAAAUGGCACCGUUAGUUGGAGCUGAAUUGGUCCAGACACCAGUGCAUCUCUAUCGAUACCUCCUCAGAUGCUGCAGACUGUUACCAACCACAGCGAUGCAACAGCACUACCGACACGCAAUAAGACAGGGGUACAAUAGUCAUGCAGAUGAAGAUGACCCAGAGAGGAUACAAAUGAUCAUUCAAAGAGCUAUUGCAGAUGCUGACUGGAUUCUUGCUAAAUAUACAAAGAAGUGAGAUGCACAAACCAUCCGGAUUGCAGGAUGGCCUCUGCAGCUGCUUUGUGCAGUGUUGACAUGACAUGGGUUGUAUAUGUUGUGCACUUGUCUUGUAUAGAUAAGUUAAAUGGUAUGCUCCACCUGGGUAUACCAGUCACCUGUUAAAUACAGGUUCAUGGAUAUGAGAUUUCACUUGUGGCUUCUUAAAGGCUUCAGUUAACUCGUCAUAUUUAAAAGAUAUUGUUCAAAGGUUUAUCAGUCUUCUGGUAAUCUAGUUUUAAGAACAGUCUAGACUAAGAGAUGUUUGUUUAACAUAACAUUAAAGAGAAAUAUGUGUAUAGAA